AUGGUAGAUCCAAGUUAUGCUGAUAGUUGGUUAUCACAACCCGAUGUCUGCCGGUGCUGUCUAUCAGCGAACGGAACUUGGGAUGUCACUUCAACUUAUAUUACGGAGGCUGGUGAAAAUGAAGUUUAUUCUACAAUGCUAUUGGAAUGCUAUGGAAUUACACUUUCCAACUUGCUGGAGUGGGGUCCGAGCAGGAUGGUUUGCGCUUUUUGUGUGAGCCGGCUGCGGGACGCCACAAACUUCCGCAAGCAAGUGAUAUUAGCUGAUCAGCACUUCGAGGCAUACUGCAAUAGUAUUAGGCCACGUGUAUUCAAGCCGGUGAUACUCAAGGCAGACUCGCCUCACGACCAAAGGAACAGCUCUGACAGCGAUGACGACGAUGUUAAAACCAUAGAUGUAUUAGCACUAACCGAUUCAACCGAAGCACCAAUCGUUGACCGGAUAAGCACAAAAAAGAAAUCUGACCAAAUAGGAAAGAAAAGAUACCCAAGAACUGAUAUUGACGAUGACCUGGAAUCGGACACCCCCAUGUCAGAAGUGUCGAGGAAGAACAAUGUGACAGAGAGCAUUGAUGAGAGGACUGUGAUCGCUGAUGAUCCACUUGAUCAAGAUAGUGUAGAUGGCGCUAGACCUCCACCUAAAAAAAAACGAAAAGUCGCAUACGAAAAUAUGAAAUUUAUGUCCGAGGGACACAUUACGAACCAAAAUCUUCGAUCCAACAUCACUUUAGUUCUCAAAUACACUACAGUGUUGCCAUUUAAACAGAUUAACAACAAUCAAUUCUUCUGUCACUAUUGCGAUAAGCCAUAUCUACUGUUUAAAGAUUUAAAAAACCAUAUCAAAGUUCGCCACUGGAAUAUUACGGAAGCGCAAAUUAAGCGGACGAUUCGAUGUCCAAAGGACUUGGUGAAGGCCGAUGUUAGUGACAUAUCUUGCAGACUCUGUGGCAGCAAUUAUAAUACUAUCGAGAAAUUAGUCGAACAUUUAAAGGGACUGCACAGCAAAACAUUCCACAUGAUUCCCGAUUUGAAGCACUCCCAUGGCAUUUUAGGUUUCGAUUUAAGCGAAGGGAAAUUAAGGUGCGCUGUCUGUGCCAAAGAAUUUAAAUUUUUCAAAAAACUAUCCAUACACAUGAAUGAUCACGACACAGAUUAUAUUUGCCAUAUUUGCGGGAAAAGAUUUGUGGCGAGACAUAGAUUGGCUACACACGUUGCCAGGCACAGGAGUUCGGAGUUCAAAUGCAACUUUUGCAGCAAAAAAUUCAAAUCAGCUUCAGCUAAAGAUUGCCACACUCGCAAAGCGCACAAGCCACUUAAAUUCAAAUGUCCAGAAUGUCCACAAGAAUUUGCGCAGUACCUUCAUCGGCUGAAGCAUAUGGCCGAACGCCACAAGUUCAAAAAACCGGAUUUCCGAUGCGAACAUUGUUCUAAAGUGUUUGCUCAUCAUUCGGCAUUGGCUAAACAUAUUAAACACAGCCAUUUUCAGCAUGAAAUUGAUAAGUUUUUGUGUGAAAUAUGCGACAAAAUUUUUAGUAGCAAGUGGCUCGCGGAAAGGCAUUUGAUAACGCAUACUGGAAAGAAAAAUUUUGAAUGCGAGUACUGUAGCAAGAAAUUUGCGAAGAAGUACACCUUAGAUAUUCACGUGAAGACUCAUUUGGAUGAAAGGAAGCAUGCAUGCCCUGAGUGUGAGAGUGCGUUUGUGCAAAAGAUCUCUUUGAUAAAACAUGUUAAGGCUAUCCAUCCGAAUCUGGAUAUUAAAGCAUUGUAA